UGCUGGAGGGAGACAACUGCGUGUUCGAUGGGAUGAUUUAUCGCAACGGGGAGACUUUCCAGCCCAGCUGCAAGUACCAGUGCACCUGCCGGGACGGACAGAUCGGCUGCCUGCCCCGCUGCAACCUGGACCUGCUGCUCCCCGGCCCCGACUGUCCCUUCCCCAGGAAAAUCGAAGUCCCUGGAGAGUGCUGUGAGAAGUGGAUCUGUGACCGGAAAGAUGAAGUGAUUUUGGGAGGUUUUGCUAUGGCUGCAUACAGACAAGAGGCCACACUCGGGAUCGAUGUGUCGGAUUCAAGUGCCAAUUGUAUUGAGCAAACAACAGAAUGGAGUGCUUGUUCCAAAAGCUGUGGAAUGGGCUUUUCCACCCGUGUUACCAACAGGAAUCAACAGUGUGAGAUGGUGAAGCAGACACGGCUUUGCAUGAUAAGACCUUGUGAAAAUGAAGAGCCCUCUGAUAAGAAAGGGAAGAAAUGUAUCCGAACGAAAAAGUCCCUGAAAGCUGUUUGCUUUGAAUACAAGAACUGCACUAGUGUACAGACGUACAAACCUCGUUACUGUGGCCUCUGCAGUGAUGGGCGAUGCUGUACCCCACACAACACUAAAACAAUUCAAGUGGAGUUCCGUUGUCCUCAGGGCAAAGUCCUAAAAAAGCCAAUGAUGUUGAUCAACACCUGUGUCUGUCAUAAUAACUGUCCUCAGAGUAACAAUGCUUUCUUCCAGACAUUAGAUCCAACAUCUAGUGAAGCAAAAAUAUGAAAAGCAUAAAUUAGAUAGCACAAAAGAUAUAAAUAUUUUAUACAGAACUUGACCCACAAUCAGGUGAAUGUAACAAUUGCAUAUGGAAAAUAUUUAAGAUGUUUUUCAAAACAGUCUAGGUGCUUUCUCUUUUCCUAUAGUUUAUUAAAUACCUCAUUUUACAUUUUACCCUUCCAAAUGUCUUUCAUUCACUUGAAGGAAAUUUUGUACCUUGGACAGAGCCUUCUUUUUUUUCUCCAUGGUGGCAUAAAGAUUACAAAGCAAACAGCUAGUCUUUCUCCUUGGGUUAAGAGGAUCAUGCCAUGAGCUCUUUAAGACUAAAUGUAUUGCUUGGGGAAUGCAUGAUACCAUAUCACAUAAGCUUCCAGAUUCUU